UAGACUUCGUCAGUUUUUAUUGUGUUGUGGUUUCUUUUCUUUCAUGUAAAAUUCACAUCGUCCGUUUUCUUCACCUUAUAUCUGAAGUGGCUCUUCCGAAAACAAUGAAAAACUUUUUGAAAACAGCGCACCUGUCUCAAACGGGAUACCUUUAUCUUUUAUUAAUUGUACUGUGCUUGGUUGAAUGCCAGAAGCCAACGGACAAUUUCCAAUGCCCUCAACAGUUCGGUUACUUCAGGGACACAACGGACUGCAAUAAGUACUACAUCUGUGUUUUUGGAGAUGCUCUGCACGACAAGUGUACUCCGGGUCUUUAUUUCAACAAUGCUUUGCGCAUGUGCGACUGGCCACGGAACGUUAAAGAUUGUGAAGCCGGUGGUUUGUCGAAAUCCGCUUCCACUUCUGGUCAAAGAGUCUACGGAACAUCAACAAGUAAACCUCGCUACUCCAACAACAAUAGGCAGUACCGUAACAACAACAUCCCAAGCCUCAACUCGAUCGCCCCCACGCAAGGCACUCGAACCGGAAGUCGGUACACGCCCCCUAUCUCUGUCAUGGAAUCGUAUGCAGCCGCCAUCCGCAAUGUGACUGUCCAUCCUAGACCUUCCUCAUCCUUCAUGCACAGACCGACCACGAGUCGACCCCAGUCCACCACUAGCUCCAGGCCAUACCUGUACAGCACGGGACCACCGGCGAGCUUCAAACCCAUCUACUACAGAGUGACGUCCAAACCUGCGAGCUUUUCCCGUACUACUGGCCCGAGUAGCUACGAGGGAGAUGACUACUACGGCAGCUACGAAGAUGACAGCCUGGAAGAGCCUCAACUGAUGGUGAACCAGCACUUGCGCAGCGGCGGCCGCACCGAGCUGUAUAUUAGGCCCAUCUCGACACCUGCCUCUCGAGAAGAGAAAUCUCAAAUCAGACCGGUAAACGCUCCUCAGGGCCCCCCUCGCAGUGUGAGACCGAGCGUUGUCAGCUUUAACACUAGAGGAGAUCAAUCUUCCAGGACUUCUUUGGAAGACAACAGGCCAUCCUACGUCAGGAACAUCGUCCGGCCGGCAGCCCCUACCCAUGGAAGUAACGUCCGGUCCCGCGCCCCACCUUCGUACCCCUCCAGGCCAUCUAGCUCUGGGGACAGCAGCCUUCAGAACCUGGACAAUAGUGGACGGGACAGCCUGGACGCCCAGUUCGGGACCAACCCUCGGACUAUCCGGCUGCCGGAUGGACCCCUAGACGCCAUGAGGAAGGCGGAGCGCAGUCACAGUCCACAGCAGCAGCUGGAAAAGCCACGCGUCACUUCCACGCGAUACGCGGACAGGAACACCUACAAGACGGAUGAUUCGUCACAAAGUUACGACGAUUACCCGGAGUACUACUACGAUGACGAGGAAUAUGAAGAUGAUGAUGAUAGCGCCCAGAACAUCAGCCCGGUGCCUAAAGUAGUGAUCCGACUGCAGAAACCACCCUCCACGACAUCUACCACCACCACAACCACGACUCGGCGGACGACCCCCACCACGACCAGGAAGCCCACCGCGGCUACCACCAAACGCACCGCAACCACUCGCCCUGCCAAACGACCUCUUCCAUUCGGUAUCAGCAGGCCAGCCACCAAAUCGCCCAUCAAGACUGGACCGAAGCCGUUGCCCAGACUGCCAUCCAGGCCUUCGCCGGUGUACACGACUCCCCGCCCCCUGGUUCCUGCGGACAAGUGCAGCGCUCGCCACUGCGUAUUGCCGGACUGCCGCUGCGCCGGGCCGGACGUGCCCGGAGCCCUGCCCACUCGGGACGUGCCCCAGAUCGUGCUGGUGACCUUCGACGACGCCGUCAACGACCUCAACUACGAGCUGUACGCGGAACUGUUCGAGAACAGGCGCAACCCCAACGGGUGCCCCAUCCUGGGCACCUUCUACGUGUCGCACGAGUGGACCGACUACGGGAUGGUGCAGUCACUUUACUCGAAAGGACACGAGAUGGCGUCGCACUCCAUCACGCACAGCCACGGCGAAAAAUUCUCUGUCAGCCACUGGGCGAAAGAAAUUAACGGACAGCGAGAAAUCCUGCACCUGUACGGAGGAGUGAAACUGGAAGAUGUCAGAGGCAUGAGAGCUCCCUUCCUGCAAGUUGGCGGGAACAACAUGUUCGAGAUGUUGUACCAGACCAAUUUCACCUACGACUCUUCGAUGCCCGUCCUGGACAACAAUCCGCCCUUCUAUCCUUAUACACUAGACUACAGCCUCGGACACGAGUGCAUGAUCCCACCUUGUCCAACGAAAUCCUUUCCAGGACUGUGGGAGGUCGGAAUGGUUAUGUGGAACGACUACAGAGGAGGUCGAUGUUCCAUGGGAGACGCUUGUGCCAAUCCCGACAACGCUGAAGAUGUCUUCAAAAUGCUUCUCAAAAACUUCGAGCGUCACUAUAAAUCUAAUCGUGCACCCUUCGGGCUAUAUUACCACGCUGCGUGGUUCGUGACCCAGCACUACAGACGGGGCUACAUGAAAUUCAUCGAGUACAUCAACUCCAAAGACGAUGUCUACAUAGUGACCAAUUGGCAGGCUCUACAGUGGAUGAGAGAUCCCACUCCCUUGUCCAGGAUCAAAUCCUUCAAGCCCUGGCAGUGCCCCAAAGACCCUGAGAAACCUGGACCUUGUCACCACCCGACAUCUUGCAGUCUCAACUACAAAGGAGGCAGCAGAAAUCUGAAAACGUGCCAGCCUUGCCCAUCCACUUUCCCAUGGACUGGAAGAACAGGAUUCGAUGAAAUGUACGCUCUGUAAAUGGUGUGAUUUACCAUUCGAAACUGUGAUCGAACCCAGUGUGAUUUUUCAUCGAGAACAAUGGUUGGUCGACCCGUCAAAUCGAUAAAAACUGGAUUCUCGAACCAUUCAAGUUUAAUAACUAUGGAAGAAGAGAAACUCUACCGUGUAAAUUUUAUUUAUGCUCGAUUGGUGCCAUUUCUUGUAACACAUGCAAAGAACAAAAACAGUUAAUUUAUUUGUUUAGUAAAUAUAAUAUACUUGGUAUCAAAUUCAUUACCAAGACUGAAUGAGCUUCAGCCAUAAUUUCAAACUUCGGAUAUUUUUUUUACAAUUUCAACAUGGGUGGUUUGCUUUUAACAUUCCAAGCUCACUAGCAUAGUCUUAUUGCUUCAAUUUUAUCUUCAUCAUAUUGUACUAGACUUUGAUUUUGUCUAAAGGUCAAGAGUUCAAAGCCUCGAGGGCUAUAAUUUUGACUUUGUUUUGCCAAUUUCCUUUUAAAAAUUUUGAAAAGAGCAUCACCAAAAGAAAAUAUUUGAAACAUUUCAACAAGAAAUUCGAAUGUCUAGAUAUAUUCAAAUCAUAACACACAAUUUGAAAUAGUGAAAAAUAAAAAUCACAAGCAACAUCAAUUUCAUAUUAACAUAAAUUUUCUUGAAUUUUGAUUCAAAAAGAGGGAAACUCAUUGACGUGACAUGAUUGCUUUUUUAAAAAUUAACAUAGAAACACUUCUGGUAGGUAAAUCUGUCAAAGAAAUUAAAAUUGACAGAAAGAUUAUAUUGCAGAAGACUUUACAUAAAUAACUCACCCUAUAACUAAGGAGUGUGGUUCAAUAAUUACCAAGAAAGCAUUAAAAAAAAAAAAAUCAACAGUUAUACGAAUAAAAAGGAGUUUAAAAUGUUUGUCUUAUAGCGCACCUAUGUUUGUUUUUAUUUGAAGGAAAAUUAGCACUUGUUAUUAAUAUUUCACUAGCCCAACUGCAUACUAUAAUUCACAACUUAUUCAACGGAUAUUUUCUUAAAUUUAGCGGUAAGUUUUAAAUAUACUUCGAGAAAGAAAAACAUGGUGAUGAAAAACAAUUUUUUGAAUAAUUUUGAAAUAUAGGAAAUGUUCCUAUGCAACAAAACCAUUCAACUCACACAAAAAAAAAAAAUAAAAAAAUAAAUAAAUGAAAAAAUAAAAAUAAAUCAAUAAAUAAAACAACAUAGUGACGUUUCUCACUAGAAAUUCACUGCAAUUCUGAGUGUUAUUUUGCUAUGUACUGUUGAUACAGCUGCUGCUGUAUUUGUAUUUCUCCAUUUUCGGAGAACAUUGGGGAAGGGUUUGAUAUUUUUCCAAUCAAAUAAAUUCCAUUAUUUUGAUUUGUGUACAGUGUUGUAUGUGUUCUCAUUCAACUGGUUUUGUGUUGGAAAUUCAUUUUUAAAAGUUAUUUACAACUAUUACUUAAAUAGUUGCAAAAAAACUUUUCACAUGUGAUUCUGUCUCAAUUCAAACUUUCAAAAUAAGUUACUCCAAAUGUUAACUUGGUUUAAUGAUUAAUUUACUACAGAAACAUGAGUUUUCAUUGAUGUCUACACCUUCAAAUGACUGCUAUUUGUCAUUGGAGUAUAUUUUUGUAAAAUGUUAAAAUAAAAUAAACU